AUGCACUGGUCACGCUACGUUUACUCUCUCAGCUGCCUUUUGAUCGAAGUUGGCGGCGUCAACGAGCUGCACACUUCAACGAUCCACCUCCAGGAGGGCCUGGUGACGGAAAGCCUCGCUUUCGAAGAUCUUUCUCGCUUCCUGCUGUCUGAGCAGCUACGCAUCAGAACGAGCAUUGACGAGUUCCAAACUGCGACCUCUGUGCCACCGCGGCACGACGAUCCACUGACGAAGUUUGUUUUCGCCAGCCGCCUAGGCAACUACUGCGAAACGCUCACCAGGGCCGUCAUCGGGUGGCAAUACGAAGACAUCCUUCGCAGCCUCCCCGAUUCCGAAACCUUGUGGGCUUGGUGGCCAAUGUCAAGUGACUUGAAGGGAGCAGCUGAAGGUGUGUGUAAGCUGCAGCAGGUCUACGACGUUCCCGUUCGACAAAUGGUCUCGAUGCGCUCCAACCUGCUGCCGUUGCCAUCUCCCAAUGACCUUAAGGAUGUGGCCCGAGGUUGUUUCACAAAGGGACGCUUCGGAAACAGCACCAUCUGGUCCAAAGCCGCCCUACGAAAAAUGAGACGGCAUGUGGCGGCUAGGCACGGACGCCGGUUUCGCAUGGGAAUUGCGUCCCUGCUCGCGAACAAAGCAGGUGAGACUGCGUAUCCACUGCCGCCCGGAAGUGAUAUGCAGCAUUACAAGUCAAUCUGCGUUCGCUCCGGUGACGUUUGGCCUCUGCACGGUGACCUGGUCUGCCAGUACUCCGUCGGUGGCGGCCAUCCGCAUCUCUUGCUGCAGCCGCUCAAGGUGGAGUUCCUCUCGUACGAUCCUCGAAUCGUCGUUUUACACGACUUCGUGAGUGCCUGGGAGAGCCAAGUCAUCCGCAAUAUGGGCGCCAAGAACCUCGUUCGCGGCACCGUCUACACCGAAGAAAACCCUUCCGGCGUUUCCAGCCCGCUUCGAAUCAGCAAGGUCUCCUGGCUCAGUGAGGACCAGCACCCGCUUUUGGCCAAUCUUGCCAGGCGCAUUGCUGCUACCACGGGACUCUCGCUGGAGUCAGCAGAGCUGUACCAAGUGGCAAACUACGGCCUUGGUGGCCACUACACACCUCACCCUGACGCGAAAGAUUUUGGCGACCUCGCGGACGAAGCAAUAGCCGAGCGUCCUGACGGCAACCGGCUGGCCACUAUGCUUCUCUUCCUGUCGGACGUAUCGAUAGGCGGCGCAACGGCGUUCGUGGAUCCCCCAAUGGCAGUGAAGCCCCGGAUUGGCAAAGCACUGUUCUGGUUCAACCUGAGGCCCUACGAAGGCGAUGACAGGCCGCGGCACUUCGACUUCUGGCACGAAAAGAAGAUUCUUGACACACGCACAUGGCACACUGGGUGCCCGGUGCUGCGCGGGUCUAAGUGGAUUGCGACCAAGUGGAUUCACGAAAGGGGCAACAUCCACGUCGACUAUGAUGUGCCCGUCUAAUAGGCGACUGAUUGCAACUGCCGAGCGUGCGCGCAAGAACACGGGUGUUGUUUAUGAGUCUUACAUAAACUUCUCUUACGCA